CAGAUUCCUAUUUAAUAAAGAGAAUGUCUUUUUUAGCAUGAAAGUAAUACUAAUAACAGCUAUACUGAUUGGUGUUGCUACAGCAGCACCAGAUAAUUCGCGAGCUGCAGAUCCUUGUACUGCAAGCAAAUGUACGCCUCCUGACUGUAGAUGCCCUUCAACCACACCUCCAGGAGAUCUUGAGACGAGCCAAAUUCCACAGUUUGUAUUUUUCACAUUUGAUGACGCCAUACAGAUAGCAAAUUAUGAUAUUUACACGGACUUGUUCUACAACAAAACUAAUCCUGAUGGAUGUCCCGUUGCAGCGACGUUCUUCAUGUCUCAUGAAUACACGGACUACACAAAAACACAUGACUUGUAUGUUCACGGUCACGAAAUAGCUCUGCAUUCCAUCACACAUGAAGCACUAACCGACUAUUGGAAAGAAAUUUCUCUAGACGAUUUGAGAAAAGAAUUUGGAGGCGAAAAAACGUUAAUUGCAAAGUUUGCAAAUAUUCCGGAGGAAGCAAUUAAAGGCAUGAGAUUACCAUUUUUGCAACUUUCUGGAGACAAUAGUUUUGAAGUUGGUAAAGAAAUAGGUCUGGUAUAUGACUGUUCGUGGCCAACCCAAACUUUCAGAAAUCCUGGACUUUGGCCCUACACUCUUGAUUACAAAUCGAAUCAAGAUUGUUCCAUUGGACCUUGUCCAGAAGAUUCAAUUCCUGGUUUUUGGGUUGUUCCAAUGAUAGACUGGACUGACCAAGGAAAUAAUGUUUGUAGUAUGGUAGACGCUUGCGUAAAUAUUCCUGAAGACGAUGCAGAUGCUUUAUCACAAUGGUUUAUUGACAACUUUAAUAUACAGUAUAAUGGCAACAGAGCUCCAUUUGGAUUCUAUGUCCACGCUGCAUAUUUCAACGUAAAUCCUCUCCGUUUAGACGCUUACAAGAAAUUUGUAGAUUACCUGCAAGGCUUAGAUGACGUCUUUUUGGUAACCCCAAAUCAAGCCAUUCAGUGGAUUCAGAAUCCAGUUGCUAUUGGUGCAGCUGGUUGGCCGGAGUGUCCAACUGUAGAAGACGCGGGUUGUACACCCUUAACAUGUGCACUCGAAAAGGUUGAUGAAGAAAAUCCUAUAUACAUGACAUUUUGCGGAUCUGAGUGUCCUGCAGCUUAUCCUUGGUUGGAUAAUCCUACGGGUGAAUGAUUCUAAAUUACAAAAUGUAUGUGUUUUUCACCUUAAGAAUUGAAUUUAAAAACUGUAAAAUAAAUUCUGGUGAUUUUUAUCAUUACCAACACGUA